ACUACUUUCCACGUUCCACGCGAAAAAAACAACAACAAACUGAUCUCUGGUCGUGGUUCCCGUGUAAAUUUUGUUUCGAUCCGAUUUUACGAGCAAAGGUUUUCGGCUUAUCUCACAAUCAAUUCCAUGCAAGCCAUGAGUGAUAGCAAAAUCACAGAUUUCCCGUUGAUGGAGCGUUUAGGCAAAGGCACAUACGCUGUUGUGUAUCGUGCCAUCAAGAAGACAAGCAAAGAGGUAUUCGCAGUCAAAAUUAUGGAACGGCACAAAUUAUCGUCUUCCGCAAUCGAUAAUGUUGUCUCUGAAAUCGGGCUGCUGAAGAGGCUGAAACAUCCGCACAUUGUAGAAAUGAGAGACUUUCUAUGGGAUCAAUCCACUGUCUAUAUUGUAAUGGAAUAUUGCAACGCGGGCAAUUUGUCAUCGUACAUCAAAGCACACAAAACUCUCCCAGAAAGUACGUGUAAAAUGUUUUUACAGCAGUUGGCCUUAGCGUUGCGCUACAUGCGAGCGCACGACGUUAGUCACCUCGAUUUAAAGCCGGCAAACCUAUUACUACAUAAAACAGCAAACAAAUACGUGCUGAAGGUAGCGGACUUUGGAUUCGCUCAACGCUUAAAGCUAAACCAGGAAAACACCGCGGUGAAGGGGUCGCCCCUAUACAUGGCACCGGAAAUAUUAAUCAGCAAGUCCUAUGGUCCCGCUGCAGACCUCUGGAGCGUGGGUGUUAUUCUCUAUGAACGCCUGUUUGGCAAACCCCCUUACAGUUGCGUGCAGGAGCUCGCCGGGCGCAUCCAGGACAACACUCCAAUCAGCAUCCCACAGCGACCCACCAUAUCGGCGGAUUGCAGAAAGUUGCUCCGUCACCUCCUGCAGCGCAACCCAAACGAGCGGAUAACAUUUGAAAAGUUUUUCGAAGACGCAUUCCUGGACUUGAAAUGUGUGCCAAACGAGGAAAAUUUAGAAAAAGCGAUACAGCUCAUUAAGCACGCUAUUAAAAUGGAUGAAGAGAAAAACGUGAGCACAGCAUACCACCUGUAUUGUCAAGCAUUGCAGUAUUUCGUCCCAAUUACGCUCGCUGAGACUGAUCAAGCAAGGAAGCGAAUCCUACGCCAACGCGUCCAAACGUAUUUGAACAGGGCGGAAGCUCUUAAAAAUAUUAUUCAUGCCAAAGGUGCUGCUCCUUCCUCGUGUUCCGGCAAUGCAUCAACGAGCGCCGUGCACAAGGAGACGGUAUCCGAGUCAGCGACCCGAAACGCUACUGAACCAUCGGGCGCGGAAACCGACGUGCCCGAACGAAUGCUUGCAUAUUUGUCACACAAUUUCGAAGACGUUGCCAGAGGAUUCGAAAUAGUACGGAACGCGAUUGGCGACGCAUUGGAGAACAGGCUGGAGGAAGCGUUAGAGGGUUUUACAACUGCUCUCGGGAUCCUGAUACCGGCUUUGGAAGUAGUCGGCCCUGCGCCACACAAAAAACUUUUACAGCAAAAGAUCGUCAGGUGGAUGGAAGAGGCAGAACAUAUUAAAUCAAUGCGCUCGGCGCAAAUCAUGGAAGAGGUGGAAAACACACAGGCUUACUAUUCGGUUUGCGUCGUCCAAUGAUGUGGAGCAUGGAUGGCAUCCUAACGAAAAACGCUACCCUUUGGAAUGGGUCAGAAUUAGCAGGACUGAACCGUGAACUGGUAACAAUAUUGCUACGGUAGAUCGACGCGCAUGCAAGCGUUCACGACUGGGAGUGAAAUGAGACGAAGACGAUUGCUUAUACGCACUGCAGCUUUUGGGUUUGUAAUGCAUCCUUCUUAUUAACUGUAAUGCAUCCUUAUUAUUAUUAUUAUUUUAAUGAAUUAUGCGUUUUUUGCACCAAGUUAAAUUUAGCAAAACCGACCGGUUGUGCUGAGUGCUGGUUCUGCGAUGGACUGUUUUCUUUCGCACACUCAAGAAAUCGAUUUAAUGUGAAUAAACAAGGUUGAAUCGAAAAAAGUCCAGAAUCAUGGUUUCACCGAAAAAAGUAAAAUUCGCAGCAGAUAUAGUGCCAGGCAGACCUACAACCAAAGGCGAGGCAUCUGAUGCCAGGGUUGAUAUGUUUUCAGCACGAGAAGGACUCGUCAGAGACGGUACGGUGCCGGUAAUACUCUCCGAUGAUGAAGACGCCGAAAAGGUGGACGUCAGAACCAUCAUGAAAGGAUUCUGUCAGGACUCCGCGUUCUAUCGGUCCGCCAAACACCAUUGUGACUGGAUUGAUUGCAAGUUUCAGACUAAGCAGCAGCAGAAGUUUAUGAUGCACGUCGAAGGGCACGCUACGAAUAUAGACAGAGAUGAGGAUGGCUUUGUGUGUAAAUGGCAAUUGUGUGAUUUCAGCACGGAGAUCCAGGACGAUUUUGAGGGUCAUUUGCAUUAUCACGCUUUCCUUACGACACUCAAGGUGUUCGGAGCCAGAUUGAGAGUUACUGUGAGUCUACCCACCUGCAUCUUUGAAAGUGAUAAUCUGAACAAAGUUCCAAACGACACUAAUGUUGAGUGUGCGUGGGGUGACUGUCGCAUGCAGUUCAACAAGAUCAUGGAAUUUGGCCUUCACUUAGAUUCCCACUAUUCCGAUCUGUUUGCCAACCACCCAAGAGGUAAAAAUAAAAAACUCAGAUGCCAGUGGUUAGGAUGCACAAAUACUAUACGGAGCCUAUCCGAGGCUAAGGUACACGGUCAGAAACACACGGGCCCGAGGUAUAUCGCAUGUGAUAAAUGCGGUCACACCUUCAACGUUCGUCAUUUGUUCGUAAAACACCUUCUCGCGACCACCGUGCCUGACCCGAAAGGAACAAUAUACAAAUGUUACGAGAUCGACUGCGAUAAGGAAUUUACCCGCAAACACGCGUAUGAACUGCACUGCUCUAGACACUCGUUUGUUAUUUGGAAACCCUAUAAAUGUUCGAUUUGCACGAAAAGUUACGAAAGCAAGUAUUGGUUUACAAAGCAUGUUGCCAAACAUCGCGAUUCUAUGAAUAAAUCCAAUGAAAAAACUAGCAAUGUAGCACGAAAUGUAACGCGACGUAAAAGCUACUGCGAGGGAGAUAACAUCGACGAGCAAACAAUUGGAGCUCGCAAAAUAAGAAUGCGGCGUAAAAGCGUAGGGGAAGUGAUGAUCAGCUCCAAUGACAAGCCAGCCGAAGUUGCACAAAAGCGAACCAAGGAAGGCACACAUUCCACGCCUCGCAAACGCACGUGCGAAACGCCGGAACGCCAAGAAAUAGGAUCAGGAAAAGGCGCAUAUGAAAUACACUCCCGUUCUCACCAGAAUCCUACCACGAAAAACUAUGAUUGUUCAAUGUGUAUCAAAAGUUACACAAGCAAGACAUGGUAUUUAAAGCAUCUUUCCAUCAUACAUAAUGUUUCUAUGGAUAACUCCGAAGACAGUACUAGCAAUGUAGCACGAAAUGUAACGCGACGUAAAAGCUACUGCGAGGGAGAUAACAGCGACAAGCAAACAAUUGGUGCUCGCAAAUUGGAAAAGAGGCGUAAGAGCGUAGGGGAAGUGGUGAGCAGCUCCAAUGUCAAACUAGCCGGUGAUGCACCAAAGCAAUCCCCCAUCAGCCUCAAACCAGAGUCCAAGGAAGGCAAACAUUUCUCACCUCGCAAACGCACGUGCAAAACGCCAGAAGCCCCAGAAUUUGGACCAAAAAAAAAAGCUAAACCGUCGUAGAACAGAGGUAGAACUGUUAUGCAACGUAUUAAGAAACGUUCAGAAUCCUAUAUGACAGUAAUUUUGAAUCCUAUAUGACAGUAAAUUCGUCGUAACCGUCGUAAAGCCUCGUAAAAGUGAGGUAGAAAUAUUAAGCAACGUAUUAAGAAACGUUCAGAAUCCUAUAUGAUAGUAAUUUUGAAUCCUAUAUGACAGUAAAUUGGUCGUAAACGUCGUAGAGCGUCGUACAGAAUCCGUAGGAACAUACAGAAUCCUAUAUGACAGUUAUUUUUGAAUCCUAUAUUACAGUAAAUUGGUCGUAAGCGUCGUAAAGCCUCGUAAAAGUGAGGUAGAAAUGUUAAACAACGUAUUAAGAAACGUUCAGAAUCCUAUAUGACAGUAAUUUUUAAUUCUAUAUGACAGUAAAUUCGUCGUAAGCGUCGUAAAGCCUCAUAAAAGUGAGGUAGAAAUGUUAUGCAACGUAUUAAGAAACGUUCAGAAUCCUAUAUGAUAGUAAUUUUGAAUCCUAUAUGACAGUAAAUUGGUCGUAAACGUCGUAAAGCGUCGUACAGAAUCCUAUAUGACAGAAAUUUUCUGUGAAGAAUCUUUUUGAACGUGAAAUAAAUCUGUGAAAAGAUAUGAAGUAUAAAGCCAGGGA